AUGCUGAAGUGGUUGUACCUGAACCUACAGAAACAAUUGUUGAAGAACAAAUUAUUACUGAAACACCAGAAAAAGAAACUGAUGCAGGUGAUAAAACCACACCAACUGAAGAGCACAAAAAGUGAUUCUGGUACAAGCAGUGAUGAGGAAAAGGCAAUGGAAACUGAAGAAGGCAGCGAGUCAAAAUCGCCUCUUAAAAGGAUUUUUAGAAAGAAAAGUUCAUCAAGCUCGUCUUCAAAAAGUUCAAAAUCUUCUCAUUCAAGCUCAUCAAGCAGUGACGAGGAGUCAACAGAUGAUGAUAAGGAUUCAAGAAAACCAACUAAAGAACCAGAAACACCCGAAGAACAAGAAAUAGCUGAUGAAAAGACUAGUGAGACUGUUGAAGAUGAGGUUAAAUCAGAUGAUAAAACCAGUGACACAACUGAAGAUAAGGUUCAACCAGAUGAUGGAAGUGAGGGUGAUGUCUCAGGUAAAAUCAGUGACACUGAAGAAGUGAAACCAGAACUGGAAGAAGAUAAGCACGGUGACAAUGCUGAAGUGGUCGUACCUGAACCUACAGACACAAUAGUUGAAGAACAAAUUAUCACUGAAGCACCAGACAAGCAAACUGAUGCAGGUGAUGAAACCACACCAACCGAAAAAGUAAUUGAUGCAGGUGAUAAAACCACACCAACUGAAGAGUUAAUUGUUGUUGAAAAGGAAAUUACUUCAUCUGCAUCACCAAAAUUUAGCACAAAAAGUGACUCUGGUACAAGCAGUGAUGAGGAAAAAGCAAAGGAAACUGAAGAAGGCAGCGAGUCAAAAUCGCCUCUUAAAAGGAUUUUUAGAAAGAAAAGUUCAUCAAGCUCGUCUUCAAAAAGUUCAAAAUCUUCUCAUUCAAGCUCAUCAAGCAGUGACGAGGAGUCAACAGAUGAUGAUAAGGAUUCAAGAAAACCAACAAAAGAAAUAGAAACACCCAAAGAACAAGAUGUAGCUGAUGAAAAGACCAGUAAGACUGUUGAAGAUGAGGUUAAACCAGAUGAUAAAGCUAGUGACACAAUUGAAGAUAAGGUUAAACCAGAUGAUGGUAGUGAGGGUGAUGUCUCAGGUAAAAUCAGUGACACUGAAGAAGUGAAACCAGAACUGGAAGAAGAUAAGCCCGGUGACAAUGCUGAAGUGGUUGUACCUGAACCUACAGACACAAUAGUUGAAGAACAAAUUAUCACUGAAGCACCAGACAAGCAAACUGAUGCAGGUGAUAAAACCACACCAACUGAAGAGUUAAUUGUUGUUGAAAAGGAAAUUACUUCAUCUGCAUCACCAAAAUUUAGCACAAAAAGCGACUCUGGUACAAGCAGUGAUGAAGAAAAAGCAAAGGAAACUGAAGAAGGCAGCGAGUCAAAAUCGCCUCUUAAAAGGAUUUUUAGAAAGAAAAGUUCAUCAAGCUCGUCUUCAAAAAGUUCAAAAUCUUCUCAUUCAAGCUCAUCAAGCAGUGACGAGGAGUCAACAGAUGAUGAUAAGGAUUCAAGAAAACCAACAAAAGAAAUAGAAACACCCAAAGAACAAGAUGUAGCUGAUGAAAAGACCAGUAAGACUGUUGAAGAUGAGGUUAAACCAGAUGAUAAAGCUAGUGACACAAUUGAAGAUAAGGUUAAACCAGAUGAUGGUAGUGAGGGUGAUGUCUCAGGUAAAAUCAGUGACACUGAAGAAGUGAAACCAGACCUGGAAGAAGAUCAGCAUAUAGAUAAUGCUGAAGUGGUUGUACCUGAACCUACAGAAACAAUUGUUGAAGAACAAAUUAUUACUGAAACACCAGAAAAAGAAACUGAUGCAGGUGAUAAAACCACACCAACUGAAGAGGUAAUUGUUGUUGAAAAGAAAAUUGUUUCAUCUGCAUCACCAACAUUUAGCACAAAAAGUGAUUCUGGUACAAGCAGUGAUGAGGAAAAGGCAAAGGAAACUGAAGAAGGCAGCGAGUCAAAAUCGCCUCUUAAAAGGAUUUUUAGAAAGAAAAGUUCAUCAAGCUCGUCUUCAAAAAGUUCCAAAUCUUCUCAUUCCAGCUCAUCAAGCAGUGAUAAGGAGUCAACAGAUGAUGAUAAGGAUUCAAGAAAACCAACUAAAGAACCAGAAACACCCGAAGAACAAGAUAUAGCUUAUGAAAAGACUAGUGAGACUGUUGAAGAUGAGGUUAAAUCAGAUGAUAAUGCCAGUGAGUCAGUUGAAUAUGAGGUUAAACCAGAUGAUAAAACCAGUGACACAACUGAAGAUACGGUUCAACCGGAUGAUGGAAGUGAGGGUGAUGUCUCAGGUAAAAUCAGUGACACUGAAGAAGUGAAACCAGAACUGGAAGAAUAUAAGCCCAGUGUUAAUGCUGAAGUGGUUGUACCUGAACCUACAGACACAAUAGUUGAAGAACAAAUUAUCACUGAAGCACCAGACAAGCAAACUGAUGCAGGUGAUGAAACCACACCAACCGAAAAAGUAAUUGAUGCAGAUGAUAAAACCACACCAACUGAAGAAUUAAUUGUUGUUGAAAAGGAAAUUACUUCAUCUGCAUCACCAAAAUUUAGCACAAAAAGUGACUCUGGUACAAGCAGUGAUGAGGAAAAAGCAAAGGAAACCGAAAAAGGCAGCGAGUCAAAAUCGCCUCUUAAAAGGAUUUUUAGAAAGAAAAGUUCAUCAAGCUCGUCUUCAAAAUGUUCAAAAUCUUCUCAUUCAAGCUCAUCAAGCAGUGACGAGGAGUUAUCAGAUGAUGAUAAGGAUUCAAGAAAACCAACAAAAGAAAUAGAAACACCCAAAGAACAAGAUGUAGCUGAUGAAAAGACCAGUGAGACUGUUGAAGAUGAGGUUAAACCAGAUGAUAAAGCUAGUGACACAAUUGAAGAUAAGGUUAAACCAGAUGAUGGUAGUGAGGGUGAUGUCUCAGGUAAAAUCAGUGACACUGAAGAAGUGAAACCAGACCUGGAAGAAGAUCAGCAUAUAGAUAAUGCUGAAGUGGUUGUACCUGAACCUACAGAAACAAUUGUUGAAGAACAAAUUAUUACUGAAACACCAGAAAAAGAAACUGAUGCAGGUGAUAAAACCACACCAACUGAAGAGGUAAUUGUUGUUGAAAAGGAAAUUAUUUCAUCUGCAUCACCAACAUUUAGCGCAAAAAGUGAUUCUGGUACAAGCAGUGAUGAGGAAAAGGCAAAAGAAAGUGAAGAAGACAGCGAGUCAAAAUCGCCUGUUAAAAGGUUUUUCAGAAAAAAAAGUUCAUCAAGCUCUUCUUCAGAGAGUUCUAAAUCUUCUCAUUCAAGCUCAUCAAGCAGUGACGAGGAGUCAACAGAUGAUGAUAAGGAUUCAAGAAAACCAACUAAAGAACCAGAAACACCCGAAGAACAAGAUGUAGCUGAUGAGAAGACUAGUGAGACUGUUGAAGAUGAGGUUAAAUCAGAUGAUAAAACCAGUGACACAACUGAAGAUAAGGUUCAACCAGAUGAUGGAAGUGAGUGUGAUGUCUCAGGUAAAAUCAGUGACACUGAAGAAGUGAAACCAGAACUGGAAGAAGAUAAGCCCGGGGACAAUGCUCAAGUGGUUGUACCUGAACCUACAGACACAAUAGUUGAAGAACAAAUUAUCACUGAAGCACCAGACAAGCAACUGAUGCAGGAAAUUACUUCAUCUGCAUCACCAAAAUUUAGCACAAAAAGUGACUCUGGUACAAGCAGUGAUGAGGAAAAAGCAAAGGAAACCGAAAAAGGCAGCGAGUCAAAAUCGCCUCUUAAAAGGAUUUUUAGAAAGAAAAGUUCAUCAAGCUCGUCUUCAAAAAGUUCAAAAUCUUCUCAUUCAAGCUCAUCAAGCAGUGACGAGGAGUUAUCAGAUGAUGAUAAGGAUUCAAGAAAACCGACAAAAGAAAUAGAAACACCCAAAGAACAAGAUGUAGCUGAUGAAAAGACCAGUGAGACUGUUGAAGAUGAGGUUAAACCAGAUGAUAAAGCAAGUGACACAAUUGAAGAUAAGGUUAAACCAGAUGAUGGUAGUGAGGGUGAUGUCUCAGGUAAAAUCAGUGACACUGAAGAAGUGAAACCAGACCUGGAAGAAGAUCAGCAUAUAGAUAAUGCUGAAGUGGUUGUACCUGAACCUACAGAAACAAUUGUUGAAGAACAAAUUAUUACUGAAACACCAGAAAAAGAAACUGAUGCAGGUGAUAAAACCACACCAACUGAAGAGGUAAUUGUUGUUGAAAAGGAAAUUAUUUCAUCUGCAUCACCAACAUUUAGCGCAAAAAGUGAUUCUGGUACAAGCAGUGAUGAGGAAAAGGCAAAAGAAAGUGAAGAAGACAGCGAGUCAAAAUCGCCUGUUAACAGGUUUUUCAGAAAAAAAAGUUCAUCAAGCUCUUCUUCAGAGAGUUCUAAAUCUUCUCAUUCAAGCUCAUCAAGCAGUGACGAGGAGUCAACAGAUGAUGAUAAGGAUUCAAGAAAACCAACUAAAGAACCAGAAACACCCGAAGAACAAGAUGUAGCUGAUGAGAAGACUAGUGAGACUGUUGAAGAUGAGGUUAAAUCAGAUGAUAAAACCAGUGACACAACUGAAGAUAAGGUUCAACCAGAUGAUGGAAGUGAGGGUGAUGUCUCAGGUAAAAUCAGUGACACUGAAGAAGUGAAACCAGAACUGGAAGAAAAUAAGCCCAGUGUUAAUGCUGAAGUGGUUGUACCUGAACCUACAGACACAAUAGUUGAAGAACAAACUAUCACUGAAGCACCAGACAAGCAAACUGAUGCAGGUGAUGAAACCACACCAACCGAAAAAGUAAUUGAUGCAGAUGAUAAAACCACACCAACUGAAGAAUUAAUUGUUGUUGAAAAGGAAAUUACUUCAUCUGCGUCACCAAAAUUUAGCACAAAAAGUGACUCUGGUACAAGCAGUGAUGAGGAAAAAGCAAAGGAAACCGAAAAAGGCAGCGAGUCAAAAUCGCCUCUUAAAAGGAUUUUUAGAAAGAAAAGUUCAUCAAGCUCGUCUUCAAAAAGUUCAAAAUCUUCUCAUUCAAGCUCAUCAAGCAGUGACGAGGAGUUAUCAGAUGAUGAUAAGGAUUCAAGAAAACCGACAAAAGAAAUAGAAACACCCAAAGAACAAGAUGUAGCUGAUGAAAAGACCAGUGAGACUGUUGAAGAUGAGGUUAAACCAGAUGAUAAAGCUAGUGACACAAUUGAAGAUAAGGUUAAACCAGAUGAUGGUAGUGAGGGUGAUGUCUCAGGUAAAAUCAGUGACACUGAAGAAGUGAAACCAGACCUGGAAGAAGAUCAGCAUAUAGAUAAUGCUGAAGUGGUUGUACCUGAACCUACAGAAACAAUUGUUGAAGAACAAAUUAUUACUGAAACACCAGAAAAAGAAACUGAUGCAGGUGAUAAAACCACACCAACUGAAGAGGUAAUUGUUGUUGAAAAGGAAAUUAUUUCAUCUGCAUCACCAACAUUUAGCGCAAAAAGUGAUUCUGGUACAAGCAGUGAUGAGGAAAAGGCAAAAGAAAGUGAAGAAGACAGCGAGUCAAAAUCGCCUGUUAAAAGGUUUUUCAGAAAAAAAAGUUCAUCAAGCUCUUCUUCAGAGAGUUCUAAAUCUUCUCAUUCAAGCUCAUCAAGCAGUGACGAGGAGUCAACAGAUGAUGAUAAGGAUUCAAGAAAACCAACUAAAGAACCAGAAACACCCGAAGAACAAGAUGUAGCUGAUGAGAAGACUAGUGAGACUGUUGAAGAUGAGGUUAAAUCAGAUGAUAACGCCAGUGAGUCAGUUGAAUAUGAGGUUAAACCAGAUGAUAAAACCAGUGACACAACUGAAGAUAAGGUUCAAUCAGAUGAUGGAAGUGAGGGUGAUAUCUCAGGUAAAAUCAGUGACACUGAAGAAGUGAAACCAGAACUGGAAGAAGAUAAGCCCGGUGAUAAUGCUGAAGUGGUUGUACCUGAACCUACAGACACAAUAGUUGAAGAACAAAUUAAAACUGAAGCACCAGACAAGCAAACUGAUGCAGGUGAUGAAACCACACCAACCGAAAAAGUAAUUGAUGCAGGUGAUAAAACCACACCAACUGAAGAGUUAAUUGUUGUUGAAAAGGAAAUUACUUCAUCUGCAUCACCAAAAUUUAGCACAAAAAGUGACUCUGGUACAAGCAGUGAUGAAGAAAAAGCAAAGGAAACUGAAGAAGGCAGCGAGUCAAAAUCGCCUCUUAAAAGGAUUUUUAGAAAGAAAAGUUCAUCAAGCUCGUCUUCAAAAAGGUCAAAAUCUUUUCAUUCAAGCUCAUCAAGCAGUGACGAGGAGUCAACAGAUGAUGAUAAGGAUUCAAGAAAACCAACAAAAGAAAUAGAAACACCCAAAGAACAAGAUGUAGCUGAUGAAAAGACCAGUGAGACUGUUGAAGAUGAGGUUAAACCAGAUGAUAAAGCUAGUGACACAAUUGAAGAUAAGGUUAAACCAGAUGAUGGUAGUGAGGGUGAUGUCUCAGGUAAAAUCAGUGACACUGAAGAAGUGAAACCAGAACUGGAAGAAGAUCAGCAUAUAGAUAAUGCUGAAGUGGUUGUACCUGAACCUACAGAAACAAUUGUUGAAGAACAAACUAUUACUCAAACACCAGAAAAAGAAACUGAUGCAGGUGAUAAAACCACACUAACUGAAGAAGUAAUUGUUGUUGAAAAGGAAAUUAUUUCAUCUGCAUCACCAAAAUUUAGCAAGAAAAGUGACUCCAGUACAAGCAGUGAUGAUGAAAAAACAAAGAAAACUGAAGAGGGCAGCAAGUCAAAAUCGCCUCUUAAAAGGAUUUUUAGAAAGAAAAGUUCAUCAAGCUCGUCUUCAAAAAGUUCAAAAUCUUCUCAUUCCAGCUCAUCAAGCAGUGACAAGGAGUCAACAGAUGAUAAGGAUUCAAGAAAACCAACUAAAGAACCAGAAGCACCCGAAGAACAAGAAGUAGCUGAUGAAAAGACUAGUGAGACUGUUGAAGAUGAGGUUAAAUCAGAUGAUAACGCCAGUGAGUCAGUUGAAUAUGAGGUUAAACCAGAUGAUAAAACCAGUGACACAACUGAAGAUACGGUUCAACCAGAUGAUGGAAGUGAGGGUGAUGUCUCAGGUAAAAUCAGUGACACUGAAGAAGUGAAACCAGAACUGGAAGAAUAUAAGCCCAGUGUUAAUGCUGAAGUGGUUGUACCUGAACCUACAGAAACAAUUGUUGAAGAACAAAUUAUUACUGAAACACCAGAAAAAGAAACUGAUGCAGGUGAUAAAACCACACCAACUGAAGAGGUAAUUGUUGUUGAAAAGGAAAUUAUUUCAUCUGCAUCACCAACAUUUAGCACAAAAAGUGAUUCUGGUACAAGCAGUGAUGAGGAAAAGGCAAAAGAAAGUGAAGAAGACAGCGAGUCAAAAUCGCCUGUUAAAAGGUUUUUCAGAAAAAAAAGUUCAUCAAGCUCUUCUUCAGAGAGUUCUAAAUCUUCUCAUUCAAGCUCAUCAAGCAGUGACGAGGAGUCAACAGAUGAUGAUAAGGAUUCAAGAAAACCAACUAAAGAACCAGAAACACCCGAAGAACAAGAUGUAGCUGAUGAGAAGACUAGUGAGACUGUUGAAGAUGAGGUUAAAUCAGAUGAUAAAACCAGUGACACAACUGAAGAUAAGGUUCAACCAGAUGAUGGAAGUGAGGGUGAUGUCUCAGGUAAAAUCAGUGACACUGAAGAAGUGAAACCAGAACUGGAAGAAGAUAAGUCCGGGGACAAUGCUGAAGUGGUUGUACCUGAACCUACAGACACAAUAGUUGAAGAACAAAUUAUCACUGAAGCACCAGACAAGCAAACUGAUGCAGGUGAUGAAACCACACCAACCGAAAAAGUAAUUGAUGCAGGUGAUAAAACCACACCAACUGAAGAGUUAAUUGUUGUUGAAAAGGAAAUUACUUCAUCUGCAUCACCAAAAUUUAGCACAAAAAGCGACUCUGGUACAAGCAGUGAUGAAGAAAAAGCAAAGGAAACUGAAGAAGGCAGCGAGUCAAAAUCGCCUCUUAAAAGGAUUUUUAGAAAGAAAAGUUCAUCAAGCUCAUCUUCAAAAAGUUCAAAAUCUUUUCAUUCAAGCUCAUCAAGCAGUGAUGAGGAGUCAACAGAUGAUGAUAAGGAUUCAAGAAAACCAACAAAAGAAAUAGAAACACCCAAAGAACAAGAUGUAGCUGAUGAAAAGACCAGUGAGACUGUUGAAGAUGAGGUUAAACCAGAUGAUAAAGCUAGUGACACAAUUGAAGAUAAGGUUAAACCAGAUGAUGGUAGUGAGGGUGAUGUCUCAGGUAAAAUCAGUGACACUGAAGAAGUGAAACCAGAACUGGAAGAAUAUAAGCCCAGUGUUAAUGCUGAAGUGGUUGUACCUGAACCUACAGACACAAUAGUUGAAGAACAAAUUAUCACUGAAGCACCAGACAAGCAAACUGAUGCAGGUGAUGAAACCACACCAACCGAAAAAGUAAUUGAUGCAGAUGAUAAAACCACACCAACUGAAGAAUUAAUUGUUGUUGAAAAGGAAAUUACUUCAUCUGCAUCACCAAAAUUUAGCACAAAAAGUGACUCUGGUACAAGCAGUGAUGAGGAAAAAGCAAAGGAAACCGAAAAAGGCAGCGAGUCAAAAUCGCCUCUUAAAACGACUUUUAGAAAGAAAAGUUCAUCAAGCUCGUCUUCAAAAAGUUCAAAAUCUUCUCAUUCAAGCUCAUCAAGCAGUGAAGAGGAGUUAUCAGAUGAUGAUAAGGAUUCAAGAAAACCGACAAAAGAAAUAGAAACACCCAAAGAACAAGAUGUAGCUGAUGAAAAGACCAGUGAGACUGUUGAAGAUGAGGUUAAACCAGAUGAUAAAGCUAGUGACACAAUUGAAGAUAAGGUUAAACCAGAUGAUGGUAGUGAGGGUGAUGUCUCAGGUAAACUCAGUGACACUGAAGAAGUGAAACCAGACCUGGAAGAAGAUCAGCAUAUAGAUAAUGCUGAAGUGGUUGUACCUGAACCUACAGAAACAAUUGUUGAAGAACAAAUUAUUACUGAAACACCAGAAAAAGUAAUUGAUGCAGGUGAUACAACCACACCAACUGAGGAGGUAAUUGUUGUUGAAAAGGAAAUUAUUUCAUCUGCAUCACCAACAUUUAGCACAAAAAGUGAUUCUGGUACAAGCAGUGAUGAGGAAAAGGCAAAAGAAAGUGAAGAAGACAGCGAGUCAAAAUCGCCUGUUAAAAGGUUUUUCAGAAAAAAAAGUUCAUCAAGCUCUUCUUCAGAGAGUUCUAAAUCUUCUCAUUCAAGCUCAUCAAGCAGUGACGAGGAGUCAACAGAUGAUGAUAAGGAUUCAAGAAAACCAACUAAAGAACCAGAAACACCCGAAGAACAAGAAAUAGCUGAUGAAAAGACUAGUGAGACUGUUGAAGAUGAGGUUAAAUCAGAUGAUAAAACCAGUGACACAACUGAAGAUAAGGUUCAACCAGAUGAUGGAAGUGAGGGUGAUGUCUCAGGUAAAAUCAGUGACACUGAAGAAGUGAAACCAGAACUGGAAGAAGAUAAGCACGGUGACAAUGCUGAAGUGGUCGUACCUGAACCUACAGACACAAUAGUUGAAGAACAAAUUAUCACUGAAGCACCAGACAAGCAAACUGAUGCAGGUGAUGAAACCACACCAACCGAAAAAGUAAUUGAUGCAGGUGAUAAAACCACACCAACUGAAGAGUUAAUUGUUGUUGAAAAGGAAAUUACUUCAUCUGCAUCACCAAAAUUUAGCACAAAAUGCGACUCUGGUACAAGCAGUGAUGAAGAAAAAGCAAAGGAAACUGAAGAAGGCAGCGAGUCAAAAUCGCCUCUUAAAAGGAUUUUUAGAAAGAAAAGUUCAUCAAGCUCGUCUUCAAAAAGUUCAAAAUCUUCUCAUUCAAGCUCAUCAAGCAGUGACGAGGAGUCAACAGAUGAUGAUAAGGAUUCAAGAAAACCAACAAAAGAAAUAGAAACACCCAAAGAACAAGAUGUAGCUGAUGAAAAGACCAGUGAGACUGUUGAAGAUGAGGUUAAACCAGAUGAAAAAGCUAGUGACACAAUUGAAGAUAAAGUUAAACCAGAUGAUGGUAGUGAGGGUGAUGUCUCAGGUAAAAUCAGUGACACUGAAGAAGUGAAACCAGACCUGGAAGAAGAUCAGCAUAUAGAUAAUGCUGAAGUGGUUGUACCUGAACCUACAGAAACAAUUGUUGAAGAACAAACUAUUACUCAAACACCAGAAAAAGAAACUGAUGCAGGUGAUAAAACCAUACUAACUGAAGAAGUAAUUGUUUUUGAAAAGGAAAUUAUUUCAUCUGCAUCACCAACAUUUGGCACGAAAAGUGACUCCAGUACAAGCAGUGAUGAUGAAAAAACAAAGAAAACUGAAGAGGGCAGCGAGUCAAAAUCGCCUGUUAAAAGAUUUUUCAGAAAAAAAAGUUCAUCAAGCUCGUCUUCAAAAAGUUCCAAAUCUUCUCAUUCAAGCUCAUCAAGCAGUGACAAGGAGUCAACAGAUGAUGAUGAGGAUUCAAGAAAACCAACUAAAGAACCAGAAACACCCGAAGAACAAGAAAUAGCUGAUGAAAAGACUAGUGAGACUGUUGAAGAUGAGGUUAAAUCAGAUGAUAACGCCAGUGAGUCAGUUGAAUAUGAGGUUAAACCAGAUGAUAAAACCAGUGACACAACUGAAGAUAAGGUUCAAUCAGAUGAUGGAAGUGAGGGUGAUAUCUCAGGUAAAAUCAGUGACACUGAAGAAGUGAAACCAGAACUGGAAGAAGAUAAGCCCGGUGAUAAUGCUGAAGUGGUUGUACCUGAACCUACAGACACAAUAGUUGAAGAACAAAUUAAAACUGAAGCACCAGACAAGCAAACUGAUGCAGGUGAUGAAACCACACCAACCGAAAAAGUAAUUGAUGCAGGUGAUAAAACCACACCAACUGAAGAGUUAAUUGUUGUUGAAAAGGAAAUUACUUCAUCUGCAUCACCAAAAUUUAGCACAAAAAGUGACUCUGGUACAAGCAGUGAUGAAGAAAAAGCAAAGGAAACUGAAGAAGGCAGCGAGUCAAAAUCGCCUCUUAAAAGGAUUUUUAGAAAGGAAAGUUCAUCAAGCUCGUCUUCAAAAAGUUCAAAAUCUUCUCAUUCAAGCUCAUCAAGCAGUGACGAGGAGUCAACAGAUAUUGAUAAGGAUUCAAGAAAACCAACAAAAGAAAUAGAAAUACCCAAAGAACAAGAUGUAGCUGAUGAAAAGACCAGUGAGACUGUUGAAGAUGAGGUUAAACCAGAUGAUAAAGCUAGUGACACAAUUGAAGAUAAGGUUAAACCAGAUGAUGGCAGUGAGGGUGAUGUCUCAGGUAAAAUCAGUGACACUGAAGAAGUGAAACCAGAACUGGAAGAAGAUCAGCAUAUAGAUAAUGCUGAAGUGGUUGUACCUGAACCUACAGAAACAAUUGUUGAAGAACAAACUAUUACUCAAACACCAGAAAAAGAAACUGAUGCAGGUGAUAAAACCACACUAACUGAAGAAGUAAUUGUUGUUGAAAAGGAAAUUAUUUCAUCUGCAUCACCAAAAUUUAGCACGAAAAGUGACUCCAGUACAAGCAGUGAUGAUGAAAAAACAAAGAAAACUGAAGAGGGCAGCGAGUCAAAAUCGCCUCUUAAAAGGAUUUUUAGAAAGAAAAGUUCAUCAAGCUCGUCUUCAAAAAGUUCAAAAUCUUCUCAUUCCAGCUCAUCAAGCAGUGACAAGGAGUCAACAGAUGAUGAUAAGGAUUCAAGAAAACCAACUAAAGAACCAGAAGCACCCGAAGAACAAGAAGUAGCUGAUGAAAAGACUAGUGAGACUGUUGAAGAUGAGGUUAAAUCAGAUGAUAACGCCAGUGAGUCAGUUGAAUAUGAGGUUAAACCAGAUGAUAAAGCUAGUGACACAAUUGAAGAUAAGGUUAAACCAGAUGAUGGUAGUGAGGGUGAUGUCUCAGGUAAAAUCAGUGACACUGAAGAAGUGAAACCAGACCUGGAAGAAGAUCAGCAUAUAGAUAAUGCUGAAGUGGUUGUACCUGAACCUACAGAAACAAUUGUUGAAGAACAAACUAUUACUCAAACACCAGAAAAAGAAACUGAUGCAGGUGAUAAAACCACACCAACUGAAGAGGUAAUUGUUGUUGAAAAGGAAAUUAUUUCAUCUGCAUUACCAACAUUUAGCACAAAAAGUGAUUCUGGUACAAGCAGUGAUGAGGAAAAGGCAAAAGAAAGUGAAGAAGACAGCGAGUCAAAAUCGCCUGUUAAAAGGUUUUUCAGAAAAAAAAGUUCAUCAAGCUCUUCUUCAGAGAGUUCUAAAUCUUCUCAUUCAAGCUCAUCAAGCAGUGACGAGGAGUCAACAGAUGAUGAUAAGGAUUCAAGAAAACCAACUAAAGAACCAGAAACACCCGUAGAACAAGAUGUAGCUGAUGAGAAGACUAGUGAGACUGUUGAAGAUGAGGUUAAAUCAGAUGAUAAAACCAGUGACACAACUGAAGAUAAGGUUCAACCAGAUGAUGGAAGUGAGGGUGAUGUCUCAGGUAAAAUCAGUGACACUGAAGAAGUGAAACCAGAACUGGAAGAAGAUAAGCCCGGGGACAAUGCUCAAGUGGUUGUACCUGAACCUACAGACACAAUAGUUGAAGAACAAAUUAUCACUGAAGCACCAGACAAGCAAACUGAUGCAGGUGAUGAAACCACACCAACCGAAAAAGUAAUUGAUGCAGGUGAUAAAACCACACCAACUGAAGAGUUAAUUGUUGUUGAAAAGGAAAUUACUUCAUCUGCAUCACCAAAAUUUAGCACAAAAAGUGACUCUGGUACAAGCAGUGAUGAAGAAAAAGCAAAGGAAACUGAAGAAGGCAGCGAGUCAAAAUCGCCUCUUAAAAGGAUUUUUAGAAAGGAAAGUUCAUCAAGCUCGUCUUCAAAAAGUUCAAAAUCUUCUCAUUCAAGCUCAUCAAGCAGUGACGAGGAGUCAACAGAUAUUGAUAAGGAUUCAAGAAAACCAACAAAAGAAAUAGAAAUACCCAAAGAACAAGAUGUAGCUGAUGAAAAGACCAGUGAGACUGUUGAAGAUGAGUUAAACCAGAUGAUAAAGCUAGUGACACAAUUGAAGAUAAG